AUGGAUUCCACAAAUAUUAUCAUACCAUUUGAUUAUCCAUUUGCUAUUUUGGAACAUCGUCAUAAUUCUGAUCCAAAUAAUAAACUUGUUUAUGCUGUUGCUGAUGGCCAAUAUACAUAUGGUCCACUUUCAUUAUAUCAGUAUUAUAAUGAUGAAAAAUAUUCUAAAACAAUUCGAAAUGAUGAAUUACCACCAUCAUUACCAUGCAAAGAAUAUUAUAUUGUUGAAUCAGGUUUUUCAACUGAUGAUGCCAUUGAAAUAAUUGAUGAAAAUCGUGGACUUAUUUAUGUCAAAGAAAUGAUAUCAAUUGAUGAUGAAAAUGAUGAAUCUAUUGUAACGAUUGAUCAAGAGCCUGAACAAGUUCAUAUGAAAGAACUUUUUAAAGAAAUGGCUGAAUGUAAAAAUGAAAUUCGAAGUCUUAAAUCUAUUGUUUUAUCAGAAAAUCGUUUUACUAAACGUCGAUCAACUUCAACAGAUUCACCCGGUUUUCGAAAUAUAGAAAAUAAUGCAAAAUGG